CGACUUCCAUUUCCUCUCCUCACUUUCCUUCUCUUUUUUUCUCCAAUAACUUUAUUUAACACAGGAAACCUACAGGAACAAAAUCAACAUGGACAGUAGAGAAUUAGAUAUAAACAUGGAUAUAAUAUUUACAGCUGUUAUAUAACAUGUAGAUUAAAAUGUCAUAAUUAAAUUGGUGCUCUUUAAAGGGUGUUAGCAUUAGCUUCUGCUAAAUACCGUGUUGGCGUUUCAUGUAGUGCUUUAGCAUUAGCGUAACUGAUAUUUAUGAUUUGUGUUUCAGGGUAGCGCAGCUAACGUUUUAGCCCGCUGUGUUUUAACCACUGGCUUCUUAUAUUUAGCUAAAAGUAGUAAAACAAUAAUGGAUUUUUAAAUUAUAGAUAAAACAACACCAGUUUUUAUUGUAUUUUUGUUUUAUUUUGCAAUUUCUCCUCAUCAGGAUGAAAAGUCGCUGCCUUUUAGAGGAAGAUUCAAACUUAAAAUCAGAGGAAAGCUGGUGGAAAUGUAUCAAAUAUUAAAGUUUUUGUAAUAUUAGCAGCUUGAAACGAGUUUUCUCAUUCAGCAUCAAAUUUUAAAAGUUUCUGUUCAUCUUCAGUGAGGCGAAACGAAGCUGCUUGUUUCCAAGCUUCAUAUCAAAGCUCUUAUCUUCCGUCUCCACUUUAAUGGCGUCAACUUCCUGUCGUUUAAAUUAUUCCUGCCGUUCGGACGGGCGACCCCAGGUCUCCCGCUGUGGGGCUGAGGAAGAGGAGCGUGAACGCAGCAUCAGGAUGAAGGUGGAGUGGUCCGAUGUGGGAGCAACAUGAAACAUCAGGCGGAAUAUUUUUAGGAGCUUCUUCCACACCUCCUCCUCCUCCUCCUCCUCCUCCUCCUCCAUCACUCCGUCUCUCGCGCUGACGGCGGCUCGCUGCUUCCUCUCCCUCUCUGCUGCUCUUCACAUGCAGCAGAGGAAGAGGAGGCAGGAGGAAGACGCCUCUCUGUUCGCUCUCUCAGCUUCUGGAUCAGAUUCUCCUGAUUCCGGGUUUCAGGAUCGGAUUCCUCCAGAGAAUUUAGGCAAAGUGCUGAAGAGCUGCAGCGACCCGUUCAGGCGGUUCUGGACGUCAGGCGGAUUUUUCUCCUGGUCAUUUCAGAGUCAAUGUUCUGCAGAUGUUUCUGUCCUGCUGUGACGGGAGGAAAACCAGCUGGAACUGAUCAAACAGUGUUGGCUAAGUGGGUCAGAACCGGACCUGUACCAUGUGAAGCUGGACUCCUGCAAACUCUGCCGGAUCAGCCAGAACCCUUUCGCGCGGUGAGGACGGGAAUGCGGCUGCAGCUGGACCUGAAGCAUCACUGUUGGGUCUGAUCAUGGGUCAGCCCCGUCGCCGUUAAGCCCGGUUCUCCUGGGGGGUCAUGCGGUCCGACCCGGACUGAAGACAGAUCCAGACCCAGAGGGAUCCGGCUCCUCGGGGAGAUGGCGGCUGCCAUCGCCAGCUCCCUGAUCCGACAGAAGCGCCAAGCGCGAGAGUCCAACAGCGAGAAGGUCACCGCCAACAAGAAGCGCUCCAGCCCCAGCAAAGACCCGCGCUCUCUCUGCGAGCGGCACAUCUUCAGCGUCUUCAGCAAGGUCCGCUUCUGCAGCGGGAAGAAGCGGCCGGUUCGCCGGAAACCAGGUGGGCGCUCCCGUUCUGACCAGCAUUCAUGAACAGUUUUUACCGUCUGUAGAGGAACCUGGUCUGACGUUUGGUGGCCUGCUGGUGUUUUCUUGGCAACGAUGGCUGGAGGAUUCAUGCCAUCGUGAAUCCUCCAGCUGGUGGUUCUGGUUCAGAACCACCAGCCCUGAACCAAGGGCUGGUGGUUCAGGUGGUUUAGAUGCGUUAAAUUUAUACGGUUUGGAUCGUUUCUCAUCGUUAUCUUGUGUUCCUAAUGAAGCAGAGCGCUAAAAGCCAGACCGCUAUCCCUUUUUUAGCUAGCACCCAGAACAAAGAUGGAAGCUAAACUGAUCCAAAUACUCAGAUUACUCUCCUUCAACCACCUUCAGGAGUUUAAACCAGAGAGCAUGAUGUUCUCAGCCAUGAGUCCAAUCUCAACUCAUCCGUCCGCUUACAGGUUUGGUGCAAAAUAAAGAGCUAAAGAUGCCAACAGAUCCCUGACUAGACCUUCAGGUCCUGUAAAACCAGGAAGAGGAUCCAUCCCGCUGCAGAAAACAGCUCAGAUUUAUCACCAAAACCACCAAAUCACUCAACGACUUGAAGGUUUCCGCCUCGUUCCUCCAUAACUCCUGGAGCUAAAGGAUCAUGGAGUCCAUGUUCCUUUUGUCUCCUCCGAUCAACUGGAUUUACUACGACUAAAAAGCUAGCUGCGCUAACCCUAAUCAUUAGUUCUGUUACGCAAAAGCACAAUGACGACAUGGUGUUUAGCAGAAGCUAAUGCUAAAGAGCUCCAUCACAGUAUUCAGCAGAAGCUAAUGCUAAAUGCUACAUCAACACGUUAUUUAGCAGACGCUAAUGC